AUGGAUGACUGGCGGGUUCUGCCGUGGUUGGGAACACAACCAUUGAUCAGUGAGUGGUGUGAUUCCCAAUUUUCACAAGCUAUAGAAUGUAACGAUGUUGUGAAGACCAGAAUUAUGCAAUGUACCCAAGAGACUUUGAAGAUAAUCAAGGAAGCUUGGGCACCUGCUCUUCUGACCAAUCCUGUCCCUUCAACAGUCUUACAUGAUCUUGAGAAAGAAAAAGUCGCUAUAAUGGAUCUGUGCUUGGCUUACAGCGUCAUACAGGAUCAAUUGAGCAGCAUUCUAUUGGAGAACACAGUGAAUAUUGGUCAGGGAGGGAUGCUCAAUGCCGAUUUGGAGGAUCAAAACGGGCGGGAAGAUUCACACGAUCACGUCAGCGUUCGACCUUUCAAUGACGUGUCCGCACACCUUUCCCGGGUGAUUGAUUGUCUCCAAGUUGUUGCUGAAGCUUUGCUUACUCCUGCAAAGAUUCUUGAGGCUAUUUCUACCCUUAAGAAUAACGGAAUUCAACAAAGCAAGUAUUCCCAGAUGAUGGAAUACUUUGAUGAUCCUAUUCCAUCCGCUGCUGAUAACUUUCUGAGCAGUUGGAUGGGUGAUGAACUCACUGGUUACAUGGAAUCCUAUGCCCAUAUCCCAUAUCCCAGAGUUAUUGAUAUCAUGCUUCAGGUGGAAAAGAGCACGUUAGAUGAUUUGUGUGAAACUUAUACGGACAUGGAGCGUAUGAGGCGUAUGAUGACAGAUCUAUCACCUCGACAAGUCAAAGCUACCUACCACCCUCAAGUUACCGCACACACAGCUUUCUCUUCCGGUGGACCAUGA